AUGAUCAUCCUGGCCCAUGUGGAGUAUCCGGGUAUGGAGUUUACGGACGUGGAGUUCUGCGGGGGUUACAUCUUCACGGCCUUGGACAACAGAACAGAGAGAGCCAAUGGCAAGAUGAUUGUUUUCAGAUACAACCCCGCCACAAAACAGAUCAAUGAAGUUCUGCAAGUUCAAGUGGGCGCUAUUCCAGACAUGGUCAAGCCGACGAGGGACUGUUCCAAGAUUAUUGUGGCGGUAGAGGGCGAGGCGUACGAGUACCCCCCAAACCACAUCAUUGACCCCCCGGGACUCGUCGUCAUCGUCAACUUCCCCUCGGGAGUCGGGGGCAACACGAUUAUAUCCACAUUGAAUUUUGAGAGAUUCAAUGAAAGAGUGCCAUUCCUGGAACAGUCCGGCGUCCGCCACGUGUACAGGGAGAACAACAACCCCUUCUCCAACGACGUGGAACCUGAAUACGUCGCCAUCAACGCUGACGACACCAAGGCGUACAUAAUGUUGCAGGAGAACAAUGCUGUGGCGACUGUUGACCUCGAGACCGAGACAAUAUCGGAGGUGUAUGGGCUGGGAUAUAAGAACUGGACAUCAUUAAAACUGGAUCCAAGUGAUCGGGACGGCGGUGCCAACAUGAACUCCUAUACCGUCUACGGGAUGUACCAACCGGACUCGUUCGUGCACUUCCAGUUCAAGGGAGGUAACUACCUGGUGAUGGCGAACGAGGGGGACGCCAAGGUGUACGAGUACGGCGCAUAUCAGUGGUCAGAGGAGGAACGGGGCUCCAAAGUUGCACCGCAAGAUCUCUAUAAUAUAGACUUUACAACUCAGCAACAACUUUCGGACAACAGUAAACUGGGGCGACUUAAAUUUGGCGUAUCACCCUCUGAAAGGGACAGCCAGGGUUUCUUAAAGGCGAUGUUCACGUACGGAGGAAGAGGCUGGUCUAUCAGAAGAGCGGAAGACAUGUCUCUCAUCUACGACAGCGGCAACGACGUCGCAGACAGAACUCUUCAACAGCAAUUUGACCUGUUUAAUUGCGAACUGGAUGACGAAAAUGAUCGACCGUAUAACAGUUUCGACAUGAGAUCUGAUAACAAGGGUGCUGAGACGGAAGAUGUGACAGUAGGGGAGAUAGAUGGCUACACGCUCUUCUUCGUCGCCAACGAGAGACCAGGCACUAUCAUGACGUACUCCGUCAAGGACGACCUGAGUCAUCCGAAGUUCCAGCACAUCUAUUCCGGCAUCCCCGAGACUUGGGGAAGAACUUGGCAGCAGAUGUAUGAUGACUGGGAUCUCACGGAGAUCGACUGUGAAGAUAAUAAGUUUGUCCCGGCGUCCGAGAGUCCCACGGGAAAACCCAUCCUAUUUGCCGGCGGCUCCGUGUCAGGAACUGUGUCCAUAUUGGAAGUGGAACUCAACGUCUAA